AUGAGGCUGUAUUUAAGGACAGGUGCCAGGCUGAAAACAGUAUGGGAAACGCUAAGAAGAAGCCAAAGCAGUCGUGCCAUAAUUGGUAUUGAUUUGGGAACCACUAACUCCGCCGUUGGAGUGGUACGGGAUGGAAAAGCUUCGAUCUUGGAAAAUAAUGAAGGUCAACGAACCACACCAUCAAUUGUGGCAUUCCAAAAGGAUAAAGGCGAUAAUGUUAUAGUAGGGAAUGCAGCCAAACGGCAAGCGUUGGUCAACUCCAAGAAUACCUUUUUCGGUACCAAACGGUUAAUUGGUCGGAGAUUCAGUGAUGAAGAAGUACAACGAGAUAUCCGUAUGGUGCCUUAUAAGAUUAUUGCUGGGGAGAAUGGAGAAGCAUGGGUGGAGACUUCUUACGGCACAAAGUAUUCUCCAGCACAGAUUGGAGGGUUUAUAUUGGAUAAAAUGAAACAGUUUGCACAACAGCAAUUGGGAUCCAAAGUCAAUCAAGCGGUGGUGACGGUGCCGGCAUAUUUCAAUGAUUCACAAAGACAAGCAACGAAACAAGCAGGUACUUUGGUUGGUUUAGAGGUGGUUCGAGUCAUCAAUGAGCCCACAGCAGCAGCAUUGGCCUAUGGAAUCGACAAAAAGAGAAAAGAUGGCACUGUUGCUGUUUUUGACUUGGGAGGAGGGACUUUUGAUAUUUCCAUUUUGGAUAUCGAAGAUGGUGUCUUUGAAGUCAGGGCAACCAAUGGUAACACCCAUUUAGGGGGAGAAGACUUUGAUAUCGUGUUGUUGAAUUAUAUUUUGGAUGUGUUUAAGAAGGAGAACAAUGGACUAGAUCUUUCCCACGAUACGUUGGCCGUACAAAGGAUUCGAGAAGCUGCCGAACGAUGUAAGAUUGAGUUAUCACAUGUGAAGAAGGCCGAGAUCAACUUACCUUUCAUCCACGAAGAUAAGCACUUAAACAUCACCAUUACUGAAGAUCAAUUGGACUCCAUGACGAUGUUUUUGAUUGAACAGACCAUUGAACCCGUCAAGAAGUGUAUUCGAGAUUCCGAGUUGAAGGUGAGUGACAUCGAUGAGGUGAUCUUGGUGGGAGGGAUGACGAGAAUGCCCAAGAUCCGUCAAGUCGUUGAAGAGUUGUUCAAGAAGAAACCCAGUACAGCCGUGAACCCUGAUGAAGCUGUUGCUCUUGGAGCUUCGAUUCAAGGGGCAGUGUUAGCAGGACAAAUCAGUGAUGUUGUUCUAUUGGAUGUGACCCCCUUAUCGUUAGGGAUUGAGACCUAUGGAGGGAUCUUCAGUCCCUUGAUCCCCCGGAACACUUCCGUCCCUAUCAAAAGGGAGCAGACGUUCUCCACAGCUGUUGAUGGCCAAACAGGUGUGGAGAUCAGUGUUUAUCAAGGAGAAAGAUCACUAGUGAAAGAUAACAAAUUGAUAGGCCAAUUUAAGUUAUCAGGGAUCCCCCCGGGACCUAAGAGCACUCCCAAGAUAGCAGUCACAUUUGAAAUCGAUGUUGAUGGGAUAUUGAAUGUGACUGCUACUGAUAAGACCCCAUACCCCGAAGAUCAUCCUUGUUUUGGCAAGCCCAAUGCUGUGUCGAUCCAAAUGGCGGGAGAAACCGGGUUGACUCAGGAAGAUGUUGAUCGACUUCUUGCCGAAAGUGAGGCGAAGAAACAAGAAGAUGCUGCUCUCCGAAGUCACUUCGAGAAUGCUUCACAGGCCGACAUCUUGUGUACUGAUGCUGAGAAUGCUGUGGACCAAUUUGGGUCGCUUAUGGACCAAUCCGAGAGAGACGCUAUCAACAAGAUCAUAGCGCUGAUCCGAGAAAAGAUAUUGGAUAUAAGAGAAAGAGGAAUUCUACAUGAUCAACAGGAGAUACGUAACGAAGUGGAGACAUUGAACCAGACAUGUCUUGAAGCUAUAAAGAAUGUCGCAAAGAGACAACAGCAAGCAAAGUAA